UCAGUUGGUAAAAGUGUUGCGUUGCGUGCGGUUCUCUCAACACGCUGCAUACAGAUAAAAGUGCAAAAGUUUAGUAUAAAACAUAAAAAGAUUUCCCAUACGCCGCGUUGUGCCCUACACUUUGCAAAGUUGGAAAUGUUGAUGCUGCGUUCGUUGCUGCUGCUGGCGCUGGGCGCCACCUUGACGUUGGCCCAGCGUCGCUUGGCGUUGCCAGAUCCGCGCAGCUGCGCCAAUCGCGUGCGGCAUGCCACAUACCGCGACGCACGCGGCGUCUCACACUCGUACUUCUUCAGCUGGGAGCAUGCGCCGACGCGCAGCUUGGAGGUCGAUUGGCUGGAUGCGCGCAACAUUUGCCGACGCCAUUGCAUGGACGCGGUGUCGCUGGAGACGCCACAGGAGAACGAUUUCGUCAAGCAGCGCAUAGCGCGUGGCAAUGUGCGUUAUAUUUGGACCUCGGGACGCAAGUGCAACUUUGCUGGCUGCGACAGACCCGAUCUGCAGCCACCCAAUGAGAACGGCUGGUUCUGGAGCGGCUCGGGCGGCAAGAUCGGCCCCACCUCGCAGCGCAAUACGGGCGACUGGUCCCAGACCGGCGGCUACAAUCAGCCGCAGCCCGACAAUCGUGAAGCAGCCCAGGGCAACGACGAGAGCUGCCUGUCCAUACUCAACAACUUCUAUAACGAUGGCAUCAAGUGGCACGACGUCGCCUGUCAUCACAUCAAGCCGUUUGUCUGCGAGGACUCCGAUGAGUUGCUCAACUUUGUGCGCUCGCGAAAUCCCAAUGUGCGCUUGUAAUUCUAAACUAAAGUUAAGAGAGAGAGAGAGAGAGUGGAGUGGAGUAAAGAGAGCAUAAGCGUUUGCAAUAUACACACGAGAGAUAUUUAUGUAGCAUUAGGUAAAAGCAUUGAUUGAUACUUUGAUUGAUUGAUUGACUGCUUUUAACACAACCCCCCGUCCCCCCAUCCUUUACCCCUUGCCUACACAAAUUCAUUAACUCGAUUUUACAAAUUUGUUUUCUAGUUUUGUUUCUGCAAUAAAUUCUAAAAUAUAUAAAUGUUCUUGUACCUGCGCAAA